AUGGCGGAAGACAGGCCCCGACCCAGACCAGUCCUGGAAACUGGCCGACCCGAUGGCUUGGAGCCGCCCGAGGAGAGGGAGGACACAGAGGGCGCUUUCCAGUCCGACAUGCUGCUAUCGCAGGAACAGCGACAGGAGCUGUGGGAACUGGUCGCCGAAGCGCAGACGGGAGUCAGCAAACGUAGGGUCGACUCGGUCCUGUCGUUACGCUGGCCACAGAACGUCUUGCCGUAUUUGCUAGAUAGCGAUGUAAAUAUCGAGGCUAUCCGACUUGGCAUGAACAUAUGGACUGAACACACGUGUGUACGGUUUGUACCGUACUCCCAGAAAAGUGCAUUGGAACUUGGACACAACAACCGUGUUCUGUUCUACCGUGGCAGUGGUUGUUCAUCUUUCGUAGGCAUGGUGGGAGUCGGUUUGCAGCAAAUAAGCAUUGGUGUCGGAUGUUCAAACCCAGGGACCGUUGCUCACGAGAUCGGACACACAUUAGGCUGGCACCACGAACAGUCCCGAAUCGACCGAGACGAUUACGUCACCAUUCACGCCGAGAACAUCUACGAGGACAAAAAACACAACUUUGUCAAGUACGAUAUUUUGAGGCUCGACAACCACGACCUACCGUACGACGUGCGAUCCAUCAUGCAUUAUGGCAGUAAUUAUUUCAGCUCCAAUGGACUGCCAACCAUUGUCGCCCAUAAUCUACGCGAUCACUAUUUGAUGGGGAAUCGAGAAUACUUCACAUUCUACGAUAUGAAGAUGGCUAACGUCAUGUUCAACUGUUCCGAUGGUUGUCUCGAACCCCCAGAAUGUCAACACGAAGGAUUUGUCAAUCAGAACUGUACAUGUGUCUGCCAGGCUGGAUUUACCGGACCACUGUGUGAAACGUUUGAUUUCCAGCGUCUAGACCUGGAGCAUGUCGACGUGUUGACUGAGCGGUCUGGUACCAUGAAGUCACCAGGUUAUCCUGGGCCCUACGAAAAUGGCAUCACCUUUGUGUGGGAAAUAUUGGGCGGAGAGGGCGCCACCAUUACCAUUUCAUUCUCAUAUUUCAAGGUGGACAUAUCUACCGUGUGUCUGUUUGACCGCCUCGUUAUCCAAGAGGGAAAUAACGUCUUCAACGGAAGCAGAGAAUUGUGUGGUCCCAACUUGCCCGCGGACGUCCAAUCGACGGGUCGCCACUUGAUGGUGAUUUUUAAGUCGUAUUAUUACGAAGAGGGGGCUGGAUUCGAAGCAGACUACGUCAUCAAUGGUCCACUGGUGGCACCGUCUGCUGAAACUUCUGUUGCCCCGCCCACGACCCAUGCUCCAGUUGACACGGCUCCGAAUUGUGAUUCUGUUGUUGGCACCUGUGGGGGAACAUUUAAAGAUCGUGCCGGCUGCAUUGCCUCGCCCAAUUAUGGGUUUGCCAAGUACGAAAACUUCGCAACAUGCAGAUAUGAUAUUGAGGUCGCCGACGGACUUCGUGUUGAGUUGAUAUUUCUUGAGAUGGACAUUGAGGACCAUAUUCGAUGCUCUUAUGACAAGCUGGAGAUUUCCCCUGAACGACGCAAGUCCGUUGGAUCGUUUCUAAUCUGUGGUUACGAGGUUCCACGCGGAUCACUGGUGUCACUAACCAACAAGAUGUCGGUCGUCAUGUCCACUGAUGCAAGUGUCACCGGCAAAGGUUUUGCUGCCAGAUUUAGGGCAAUUUCCGUCAAGUAA